UUUGUUUUGCACAUUCAGGCGCUACGGAGUGGAACCGACAGUUUUAUGUGAUCUAAAAUACAAGGACAUUAUCGGUGAAGUCGCAAAGUUAUCGACAAUGAAUUUGUCCGGCUGCAAAUUCUUCGUAUGCGUUUUCAUGUCACAUGGGCAGAAAAACGGGAUAGUUUCCGCUUCUGAUCGAGAUUUUCAUCUCAAGAAAUGCAUAAUUGACCCGAUUAUGAGGAACCGAAGUUUGAACGGCAUUCCAAAGAUUUUCAUAACGGUUGCGUGCAGAGGAAGCCAACAUUUUGACAGCAAUUAUUAUCAUCAGGAAGCUGACGAGCUUGAUCGUGGACGGGAUGAUAUCACGGACGAACAAUACAAAAAAUUUGACUAUGGAAAUUAUAGUCAAGGCAUAAUAAGUUACAGCACCUACGACGGGCACGUGUCCAGGAGGACGCCGUCUGGAACGUACUUCAUUCAACAGUUUUGUACCAUUAUGGACAAAGAAUACGGCAGCAACGCCAAAAUACACUCGAUUUUCGCGAAGGUCAAUGGUGAACUCCAACAAAGAUUUAACCAAAUUCCAGUGUUCGAGAGCACAAUGGGUGACAUUUGCUUGAAAGAUUUGGCAUGUGAUUUGGAUGAUGAUAUCGACCGCCCAAAGAGCCCCACAAACAACGAUACAGGCGACAUUGAAACAGGUGAACGCCCUUUUUUCGGCAGCGCUUGCUCAAAGAACAGGAGCAUUUAUCGUGUCAAGUUUGCCAGUGAGUUUAUGUGUAUUUGUGUCGAAUCUCAUGAUUCGAUUCCCACCAUCGAAGAAUUCAUUAAUGCAGUCAAAUUUAAGUUCAAAAUUGACGAUAGAACGGACUUUGCUAUUAAAGAUCACCUUGGGUGUGUUAUCUCGGACGCAAUAACGUUCGAAGAAUACAUGCUCAACAUCUUCGACAGCCAGCAAACAAUCCUGGAAAUCGAUUGCGAAUUGCGAGGGUUUCGACCAGUUGAAAACCCAUCAUCGUAUACCGAUCACAUGGAAGUACCGAUCUACGAAAAUGCUGAUGCGUUUGAUGUUAACGUUUUAGCGAAGGAUCUGGUCAACUAUUUCAAGCAUCAAACACAUAUCUCGUGUCACCCAUCAGGUGUUAAAUUGAUCGAUAGAUAUCACAUCGGUGAAAAUCCAAUAAUGGAGGUUGGCCAUGCGAAACUGAUAGCACACAUCUCGGCAAAUCAUUUGAUGUUUCUGAAGCAUAACGAACCCAGCGUCGAAGAUCGAAUUCUCUGGACGAAAGUCAUCUGCACAGUUUUUCCUCAACUUACAGCUGAAUAUUAUUCUGUGCUGUACGAUCCGAGGAGAGGUGAUGGAUUUCUAGAGGAGCAACUAAAAUUGUUGAUGAAUUCAAAACCAUAAAAGACUCUUAUGUCGAUUGGGAUUAAUAUUGAGGCUAUGUUGCCAUCCGGUCGACUUGAAUCAUUUUUGUAGCCAGUUGAGCAGGGAGCAGUUGAGAAAGUUUGCUUUCCAACGUACCAGUAACACGUAGAGAGCAAUAGAGCAUGUUGAAAAUUUUGAAGUGAAUAGUAUAUUUCAACAUACCCCAAUACAC